AACGGAUUUGAUUUCGGUAUUAACGGUAACAUAGAUGGCGAUGGCGGUUGGGCCAGCUGCGUCGCCGACUGAUGGAGCCGCGCCCGUGUUGGGACCCGCAAUGAUGCCGAUGCAGGCUCCGGUGACUAUGGUAUCUGACCAGCUGGCGAAGGACGCAAUUAUCGGGUGGUACAGAGGAGAGUUCGCGGCGGCAAACGCAAUCAUCGAUUCCCUCUGCGGCCACCUGACUCAGCUUAGCGGGGGAGGUGGCGCCGAGUACGCCUCUGUUUUCGCAGCCAUACACCGGAGAAGGAUCAAUUGGAUCCCGGUGCUCCAGAUGCAAAAGUACCACUCCAUUGCCGAUGUGAUGGUGGAGCUCCGAAACGUCGGGCCGAAGAAGGUAAGGGUGGAAAGGUGCGUGGAGAACGGCGACGUUUUGAGAGCAGAAGAAAAUUGCAAGAGCGACGAGGUUAAGUCGUGUUUGGAGGCGGACAAAGACAAGGAUAGUGACGAGAAGGUGGCGGAGAGUAAUGGAAUUGUCGCUGCCGAUGACGUUGCCGAAGAAGAGGCGUCGCCGGAUAGCGAGAUUACUGAUUCAGGUUCACAAGAAGCGCAGCUCAAUUCAGUAAACGACGAGAUAUGCUCUAAUCAUGACGAGUGUGAGGAGCGUCGUACCCAGAUCAAAUUGACUAAAGGUUUCUCAGCAAAGGAGUUGGUCAGAGGGCGUAUGGUGAAUGUUGUGAAAGGGUUAAAGCUAUACGAGGACAUAUUCACUGACACCGAACUCUGCAAAUUGACUGACUUCGUAAAUGAUCUCCACGCGGCUGGACUUAAUGGAGAGCUUUCAGGCGAGACCUUCAUUUUGUUCAACAAGCAGGUUAAGGGAAACAGGAGAGAGCUGAUUCAGUUUGGCGUUCCAAUUUUCGGGCAGAUCAAGGAGGACACUACAAACAAUAUAGGGCCGAUUCCAGCUCUUCUCGAAGAUGUGAUUGAUCACUUUGUACUAUGGCAGUUAAUUCCGGAGUAUAAACGACCGAAUGGUUGCAUCAUCAACUUCUUUGAGGAGGGAGAAUAUUCACAGCCAUUCCUGAAACCACCCCAUUUGGACCAGCCCAUCGCCACUCUUCUCCUCUCUGAAUCAGCAAUGGCUUUCGGGCGCACCCUUCUGAGUGAUAAUGAUGGGAACUACAAGGGGCCGCUGAUGCUAUCGCUGAAACAAGGGUCCCUUUUAGUCAUGAGGGGAAACAGUGCUGACAUGUCACGACACGUGAUGUGUCCAUCUCCAAACAGAAGGGUGAGCAUCACAUUCUUCAGAGUCCGAGUAGACUCCAACCAGUUCCAGUCUCCCCAAAGUCCAACCCACAAUGGUGCCAUGACUCUAUGGCAACCUGGGAUGGUGAGCCCAUACGCGGUGCCAGAUGGAGCAGCUCUCAAUGGUUAUGAGGCAAUGGAUGUGAUGCCCAAAUGGGGUGUAGUCAUGCUAACCCCCGUUCGUCCUAUGGUAACGAGCCCUCAAAAAGUUCCUCAAAGUGGUACCGGGGUUUUCUUGCCCUGGACCAGGGGGUCAAGAAAAUCAGCAAAGCAUCUUCCACCUCGCGCCCAAAAGGGACGGCUUAUGGCACUCCCUUCCCCAGCAGAAACACAUGUGGCAGAGUCCACUUCUGAGCCCAGCAUCAGUGUCUAAUGGAAGAACGAAGGUCCGAAGUUAGCCAGAGACAGCCCUGGGUCCAAAAAUCAUAUGAAUCAGCAAAGUUUGCGUUCACGUUCUCUCUUGUGUUCUACAGGAAUCUUUUCUUGUUGUACAAACAAAGCCUAGGUGUUGUUAGAUGAGUUACAGUACUUUUUUCUUGGAUGGUGUAUGGCCUUCAGAUUUAGUAGGGUAUCAAAAUUGUGGGGUGUGAAUUUUAGCUCAAGUAAAAGGAGCUGAAUUUUGUAUUAUGUUGAAAGUUUUUCAUUGACGGAUUAAACUAUUUUAUUCACAAGAUCCUUUCCUUCAA